UUCGAGUGUCUGAUAACCGGCAAGAUAAAAAAUUAUAACUUUUAGAAACAUAUUAGUACGUUACGUAUAAAGUUGAAUAGUUGAAAAAAGAGUUCUCUUCAGAUUUUAAUAAUUAAUAAUUGAAGAAUAAAUUGACACGAUGUCAAACUCAGGAAAAAGUAGGAAAAGGCGUAUUAGUGAUUCAGAAAACGUUAAUCAUAAGAAAAUAAAGGUGUCCGAUGAAAAUGAUGCGGAAAUAGAUAAUAAAAUUGCGAUUGAAAGUGAUAUAGCACAUGAGGAUAUUGCUGAACAAUUAUUAUCAGUCGAAAAGAAAUUAGCAGAUGACUUAGGAAAACUUACAUUCCGUUUACCUGUAGAAUAUGUUUAUAGUCCACUUCAAUAUGCAUUUAAUAUACAUACUUUAUAUGUACAAAAAUACUGUAAUACUACUAAGAAAAUAUUGUUUCUUGGAAUGAACCCUGGUCCUUGGGGUAUGUCUCAAACUGGUGUACCGUUUGGAGAAAUAAACAUGGUAAAAAACUGGUUAAAUAUUAGUGGACCUGUUGGGAAACCUGCUAAAGAACAAUCAAGUAGACAAGUAACUGGAUUUGACUGCAAACGUAGUGAAGUUAGUGGAAAAAGAUUGUGGGGUCUGUUUAAAGAAUUAAGUGGAAAUCCAGAAAAAUUUUUUAAACAUGCAUAUGUACAUAAUUAUUGUCCUAUUGCAUUAAUGGACAAAAAAGGCUGUAACAUCACACCAGCAGAAUUAAAGGGAAAGGAACAGGAGAUAUUACAUACUGCUUGUGACAAGACCUUGGCAGAUACAAUUAAAAUUUUGAAAGCUGAAAUUGUUAUUGGUAUUGGUGGAUAUGCAGAAAAACGAGCACUACUGGUAGUUAAAUCUCAUAAACUGAAGGCAAAGGUAUUAUGCUUACCACAUCCAAGCCCUCGUGCUGCAAAUAAUAAAAAUUGGGAUGAAAAAGCAACCAAAAAGUUGAGUGAGUUUGGUCUACUUGAAUAUUUUACUUCAUAAAUAUUUUACAUUAGGGUAUCUUAAAAAAAAA